AGCUGACAGACGGUGAAAGCCUCUGCCAGAGAGCUGUCGGUGGAGUAUCCACUCGUCGUUGUCCUGAACGGACUGGAAAUACUCAUCGAGCGUCUGCUGCUCUGGAACCGGUUCUCUGUCCGGGACUGUGUCACAAUCUGAACAUCCAUUCAGAACUGCAGUCUGCAUCCUCUCCAGAUUGGGACCUGGGGGACAUUUGGUGUCAGCGAACUUCCACAAUAGGUCGCUGCGUCGCUGUGACGGGCUGCAUAUGUUUUAUUCGAGAGCACCAGUUUUUGACUGCAGCCCUUCCAGCCGUGCCCGAUGCUGAGGAAUGGAUAGUGUGUCUGUGAACGGUGGGAAGAUGGUGGAGAGUGAGGACCAGCAGCCCGAGAAGAAGAGGGACAGUGGCGGCGGCGGCGGCGGCGGUGGCGCAGCGAUGGCCGCACUUCAUCAAUGCGAACUCAUCCAGAAUAUGAUUGAUAUCUCCAUCUCCAGUUUACAGGGGCUGCGCACCAAAUGCGCCGCGUCCAACGACCUCACGCAGCAGGAGAUCCGCACUUUAGAGGUGAAGCUGAUGAAAUACAUCUGUAAACAGCUGCAGUGCAAACAGAAAGUGCCAGAGACAGAGAGGCCCGAGGCCCUGGACAGCUACCCACACUUACGAGAUUGGCUGCGCACCAUCAACCUGCGACCGGAGCUGAUCGAGGCGGUGAAAGCAAAGUUGUCGCUGGAUGCCUUAUUGCAAAUGACAGGUCCCCAGGUGAGGGAUACAAUGCGAAGACUUGGGUCCAGUUCAGAAGAAUGUGCAAGACUCAGUGCUGCCCUCUCCUGUCUAAAGAGUGCCACUGAAUCAGGAGGUGAACUAAGGGAAGACAGCAGUCCGUGGCUGUCGGAGCCCACCAGGAGAGACAGCGGCUCUCUCCUGACUGCAGACCUGUUCACCAACCUGGGCACUCCCCUCCGCCCUCACAGUCCCUCACCUCUCGCCCGACCAUCCACCAUCCAAUCUACGCCAUCCACGCCCUGCGCCACCUUCCCUCACCCCCGCUCAGGCUCCAUGUCAGCGGCGCCCACGCCUGAGGCCCUGGCAGCGCACCUCCACGGCGAUAGCCCACUCACAGAUCCUUUCCCAUUUUCCUUAGCACGCACGGCCCGCCUCCACGGACACACGUCCACCCCACCCAUAACUCCGCCGUCAAAGAGGCGUCACCGGCUGAAGCCCCCCUGCACUCCUCCGCCUCCCUCCCGCAAAGUGCUGCAUCUGCUUCCCAACAUCACACUGACACGCAGCAAGAGCCACGAGUCCCAGCUGGGCAACCGCAUUGAAGACCCUCCCACCAACAAAUGUGUUAGAAAGAAUAAGCUGUUCCUAAAUAUGCAAGUCAACGGGAAUGGAUGUGAAGAGUUGCCCUCCCGCUACCCGGCCAUAGCUGCACGCACUCCUGGAGUCACCCCGGCUGCCACCACAGCACCUUACACCCUGCCUGGCACACCCACACUAAUGGAAGAGCACAGCACCAUCAAGAAUAAUGUAGCAGGGCAUCGCAGCUCCCCACAAGCAGUGAGGAGGGACAUAGGCCUUGCCGUCACACACAGGUUUUCCACCAGGUCGUGGUUGUCUCAGACAUGUCAGGUGUGCCAGAAGAACAUGAUGUUUGGGGUUAAGUGCAAACACUGCCGGCUAAAGUGCCACAACAAAUGCACAAAGGAAGCCCCAUCCUGCAGGAUUUCGUUUCUACCAAUUGCCAAAAUUCGGAGGACUGAGUCUGUCCCGUCUGAUAUAAACAAUCCGGUGGAUCGGCCGCCGGAGGCGCCGCAGUUUGGCACGCUACCAAAAGCCAUUACAAAAAAGGAUUAUCCACCUGUACUGAACCAGCUGGACUCCAGCAGCAAUCCGUCCUCCACCACUUCGUCCACACCCUCGUCCCCAGCUCCCUUCCAGCAGAGCAACCCUCCCAGUGCCACGCCGCCACCCAACCCCUCGCCCAAAGGUCAUCGAGACAGUCGUUUCAACUUCCCAGCUGCCUGUUACUUUCAGCAUAGACAGCAGUUUAUCUUCCCCGAUGUCUCCAGUCCCGCUCAUUUGCACUCUGAUGUCCUACAAGACACUGUCACUGAGAUAGAGCAAUCGGUGGAAGACAUGCAUGCUGAGCUGGUGGAAGACGAAGAUGAAGAGGAAGGGGACGACGACAUUGAGGUUGAAGAUGAAGACCCCGAUGCGGAGGAGGAGGAUGAGGAUGAGGAGGAGGAGAACGAGGAUGAAGGUGAAGAUGAGGAGGACGGGGAGGACAUGAGGAUAAACAUGGGCUCAGAUGGAGAGCUGGACGGCGACGAGCUUGACGACCUGCCCAACUCUCGGGGUAACCAGUGGAAGGGCCCCAUCUCCCGCAAGGGGAGUCAGACCAGUGUCUACCUGCAGGAGUGGGACAUUCCCUUUGAGCAGCUGGACCUUGGAGAACUCAUAGGAAAGGGUCGCUGGGGUAAAGUGCAUAAGGGCCGGUGGCAUGGCGAGGUAGCUAUUAGGCUCCUUGAGAUCGACGGGAACAAUCAGGAUCAUCUAAAGCUCUUUAAAAAGGAAGUGAUGAACUACAGACAGACCAGGCAUGAGAAUGUGGUGCUCUUCAUGGGGGCCUGCAUGGCUCCACCCCACCUGGCCAUCAUCACCAGUUUCUGUAAAGGGAGGACGCUGUAUUCAGUUGUUAGGGACACUAAAAACACUUUGGAUAUUAACAAGACGAGACAAAUCGCUCAGGAGAUUGUAAAGGGAAUGGGCUACCUCCAUGCUAAAGGUAUCGUUCACAAAGAUCUGAAGUCGAAGAACGUUUUCCACGACACCAAUAAAGUCGUGAUCACAGACUUCGGGCUGUUCGGAAUCUCGGGAGUUGUUCAGGAGGGGAGGCGUGAGAAUAAACUAAAACUGCCACAUGGCUGGAUUUGUUAUCUCGCACCGGAAAUUGUGCGGAGGAUGAGCCCAGGUAACGAGGACCGCCUUCCUUUCUCCACAGCAGCAGAUGUGUAUGCCUUUGGCACCAUUUGGUAUGAGCUUCAAGCUAGGGACUGGCCAAUCACCAACCAGUCUGUGGAAGCUACCAUCUGGCAGGUGGGGAGUGGAGAGGGCAUCAAGAAGGUCUUGGCAGAGAUCAGCCUGGGCAAGGAGGUCACUGAGAUUCUGUCUGCCUGCUGGGCGUAUGACCUGAGAGAGAGGCCCACCUUCACCCAGCUGGCCGACAUGCUGGAGAAGUUGCCCAAACUGAACCGCAGGCUGUCCCACCCCGGACACUUCUGGAAGUCUGCAGAGUUGUAGCCGUUGCACUGAAAAAUAUAAGCAAUGCACAACAAAGCCUGGUUCUGCCUUGCAUGCUCCUGAAUCCUUAACUCUUACAGGAUUGAUCAAAGCAUUGCCUCUGCCUGAAACAGACGCUGCUUCCACUAAUCCCACAGUCUGAUCUUCCACGUCUAACCGCUGCGUUUUGUCACUGGGGAAGAGAGGAUUGGUGGACGGAGGUGUGGCGGAGGGGACGGAACACCAUCGUCCUCCACCACUGGUCCCUCCCGUCGUCUAAGAUCUCCUUGCCUUCCUGUGUUUUUGGUUGUGUUGUGUGACGUCGUUGGGGGCUGUGAGGCUUUGUGGUGUCUGUGCUGAGACUGACCGGUGCGCUGUGGUCUGUGCCUGUGCUGAUGGCUGCUAUGCCCUGUUCUUUGGCCUGCUCACCUUCUCUGUGCUGCUGUGCUGCUGCUAUGAUGAUGAUGAUGAUGAUGAUGAUGUGGUUGUUCUUGCCGGGAGGCCCUGACCAACACGGCCUCUGUUUCCUCUUGAGAAAAACACACAUAGGCGCACACAAACAAAACAAAUCACGCACCUGGAACGUGAAAUGAACCCUGCUACCAAAUGGACCACCUUCAUUUAUCUGUCCUUCUGUUUUACCCCGAGUGUUUGACACGUGUGUGACCGGCUGCUUUCGUUACCUUCUCAAAGCUUUUUCAUGUUGUGUGAUGGCAUGUGCUGAGACGUUCACCUGCUCAUGUCUAGACACAAUAUGCAGUUUUCCUCUUUGUUGUUUUGUAGUUGUCGCAUAGUUCCAUUUGCAGUGGUUUCUUUUCAACUUCAGGACGCUCUCAGAUGAGGAUCAGACACAUGAUAAUAUAUGCUCACUUGUGUUGUUGUCUUUAUGGCGUUUAACCUGUUAAAGUCACUGUGUAUUGGAUGCAUUUGAAAACGGGGCACCUGGUGUAAAUGCUGAGUGACAGCUGAAAUAAAAAGGAAUAUUCCCGUCAUCAUCCACAAUCUACAUGGGAAUAGAAAGAAUAAUGCUGGCCGUUUAUGAUUAAUAGUAAUGUCCAUCCACUGAAGUGUAAAGUGCACUUUAUAAGAACACGAGUUCCUUAGAAAGAGCCUUCUUUCAAGAGGUCAGACUACAAAAACAAAACAAAAAACAAAAGAUAAAUCAGGAACCUGGCGCAAAAGUGUCCUAUAUCUCUGUAAAACAUUACCUCUUGUGCGCGCUUGUGCAAACUGUUUGUGGUUGCUGGCUUCAGUUGGUGUGCUUGUAUUUAUAUGUCGUGUGUGUGUGUGUGUGUGUGUGUGAGGGUGCGCACGGUCGACUGAGUGAGCGUACUGUGUCGGAACGCCUAGGGUCAGUUUUUGUGAGCGGUCGCAGUCAAAUUUUGUGUCGCAAAAUCCAACCGUAUGUGAUGUAAAUACAUUAUUUAAUGUAUAGCAGAUUAACAGGACUCUUCUAAUAUUUGUACAAACGUUUUAUAUGUAAAUGACAUCACAACAUUUUUUGAAUAGGUACUGCUAUGGCGAUGACAGAUGUGUAUAUAUUUAUAUAUUUUUUUCAUGUACAAAAUACUGUGUAAAAAGCUGUGCAAUUUUUAGAAUGGGCCAAUACAUGUUUUUUAUGUUACUGUAAAAAAUUCAUAUUUUUGUAAUUGCAUGUGACUACCAUUCUGUACACACAGUUUCUGUUUUCAUCCAUGGAAGACAAUAAAAUGAGGCUUGUCAUGUAA